ACGCAUUCAUUACUCCCGUCACACACAUACUAAGUCAGUCACUCUAACACCGAACGCUGAGAUCGAUCAUAGAACAAAGCAAAGCAAAACAAACUGAUGGCAAAAACGACGUCGUUGCUUCUCUUUUCUCUGUUCCUCUUCGGAACCCUAUCUCUUAUUCAGGCAAAGAAGGCGAAAGAGGAUAAGGAAGUGACAAACAAGGUUUACUUUGAUGUUCAGAUUGAUGGAAAAGAUGCAGGUCGUGUUGUAAUAGGUCUUUUUGGGAAGACAGUUCCAAAAACAGCAGAAAACUUCAGAGCUCUUUGCACAGGGGAAAAGGGGAUUGGUAAAUCUGGAAAGCCUCUUCAUUACAAAGGUAGCUCAUUCCAUAGGAUCAUCCCUAGCUUUAUGAUCCAAGGAGGUGAUUUUACACAUGGCAAUGGAAUGGGCGGAGAAUCAAUUUACGGAGAGAAGUUUGCAGAUGAGAACUUCAAGCUAAAGCACACUGGUCCAGGAUUUUUAUCAAUGGCAAAUGCUGGUCCUGAUACCAAUGGUUCACAAUUUUUCAUUACAACUGUGACAACUAGCUGGUUGGAUGGAAGGCAUGUUGUUUUUGGAAAGGUGCUUUCGGGAAUGGAUGUUGUUUACAAGAUUGAAGCUGAAGGAAAUCAAAGUGGAACUCCCAAGAGCAAGGUUGUGAUUGCUGAUAGUGGUGAACUACCUCUAUAAAUGCAUCUUCUCAUAUCUCAACAACGAUAUGUUGAAGAUGUUACAGUUUUCAUUUCCGUUGAAUCUGCAGGACUACUUAUUUUUUAUAAGCAUGUACUUUAUGUCAGUUAGUUCUGUCUUUAUAAUAACUCAGAAUUAAGAUGAAAUUUCUCCUUCAAGACGAGAAAAAAUGGCAUUUGUUAACAUGAAAUUUGUAGAAGGAAAUCCAAGCGAACAUGGCUGUUGAGUAUAUUAAGCAGCACACUAAUGUGUUGAGUAUGUUGAACUUAAAAUGACAUUGACACUGCUUCAAUAGUUCAAUAUAUGUUGUAUCUUUGCUGUGUUUUGAA